AGCCAGUUUUUGGCUGAAACAGAUUGCCCCGAGGGUGCAUUGCCACGCGCGCGCGCGCCGCAGUACUUCGGCGCGCCCUGACCGUGGAGCAGCAGGUGCACUUCGGGUUCUCGCACCAACAUGCUGACGAAGGCAGACAGCAGGUGCUUCAAAGACGAGCGGAUGUCGGGGGAGGUGGACGAGCUCGUUGGAUGGACCACCGAAGAUUUCGAGGUCGCGAUGCGAGAGGCAGCUGCGCGGGAGGAGUGCGCCACUGUCGGCGAGGCUGGUGGGAAGGCCACGGCGGCGGCAUCCUGCAAGCUCUUCGUGGGCGGCCUCUCGGCUCAGACGAGCACGGAGGCCCUCCGCGCGCACUUCUCGAAGUACGGCUGGCUAGUCGACGCGGUGGCCAUGUCGAAGGCCGGGCGCCCGCGAGGGUUCGGCUUCGUGACGUACGACUCGCCCGGCCCUGCGGCCAUGGCACUCGUGGAGCCGCAGUGGCUGGACGGCCGCCUCGUGGACGUGAAGCGCGCGGUGCCUGGCGAGCGGACCCCAGAGCGAGCAUCGAGCAAGGUUUUCGUCGGCGGCUUGUCCCAGGACGUCACCACCGAUGACCUCAGGGCCUACUUCGGCGCCUACAGCCCCGUGGCUGACGCGGUGGUGAUGGUGGACCGGCGCACGAGCCGCUCCCGCGGCUUCGGCUUUGUCCGCUUCGGCAGUGGUGCCCAGGGUUCUGCCGCGGCGGAGGCGGUCCUCCUGGACUCCCCGAAGCACCGCCUCGCGGGCAAGUGGGUCGAGGUGAAGCGGGCCACGCCCGCCGCCGCUCUCCAGGAGCUGUCGCCCACGACAGCGUCCGACGGCGCCGGCAGCCCCGCGUCCCUGGCGAUGAUGGAGGCCUCGGCCGCCUACAUGAUGGACGUUCUCGCGUGGCCCGACGCCUUCGCCGGCGCCGGCUUCCCUAGCGGCGUGCAGGCCGCGUCGCCGUUGUGGGGCGCGGGCCGCGGACACACGCGUGGCCGCCGCGGCCGCCGCCGCAAGGGCAGGAUGGGCGGGGACGCCGGCGAUGGCAGCGACCGCGGCGAGGGCGAGCAGCAGAUGAUCUACUGCGACAGUCCCUGCGGCCACGGCUCUGCCAGCGGCUCGCCCUUCGGCAACUCGCUGUCAGGCCUCGACCUGCCCCCUGGGCUGCCUGUCAGCCCCGCGGCGGCGGUGGUCGCGGCAGGCCGAGCCUUCCAGGCUGCGUCCCUGGGGGCCCCGCUGGCGCCCCUCGGACUGGAUCAGCUCUGCUUCGACAUGAGCCCCGCCUCCAUGGCAGGGCGCCUUGGCGUCAUGGGCGGCGUGCACCAGACCAACGGCUUCGGUGACCUCGGCGGCCUCCGCGCCGCCGCGGCCAAGCUCUCGCAGGGCGACUCGGAGAACAACGCGAGCCGCGCCAACCGCGCCGCCACACCACCGCGUUGCCCCCAUGGCAGCCCAGGGCCUAACGCCUCGCCCAUGAAGGUGACCUGCAGCGACGACUUUUCUGGACUGCUCCCCGGACGGCGCUCGGGCAAGAAUGUGACCACGCAAGGCCUGCCCUCGUGGCCGUGUGCACAGUGAGCCGCCGCAUGCCGCGCUGCGGGAGCAGCAGCGUGUCCAGAAAGCCCUCGCUUCAGGACGGCGCCCCGCGCGCGAGCGCGCCGCGGCCCCAGGGGUUGCAGGCUGCGCUGCGCCAGUGCACAAUCACCCUUCGGGAGUCCGAAAGCCUAGGCAGGUUGCACACUUUCAGAGUUCCACCCUGCGCUCAUCAGCAGCGCUCAUAGGCGUGUGGCGUAAGGGGGGCGGCCUCCGUAGAAAGCAGGAGGGCUUCGGGGAAAGCCGAUUGCCCACUGGCAAGUACUAUCGGAAGGCACCAGACCCUUCUAAGGAGCCCCCUGCCUUCUCAGAACGCUGCCUCCCUCUCCCCACCCCCUUGCGCGCGCCGCCACUUCAGGUGCAGCUGCUAAUUAUACGUUCAAGGUGCAUUAUAUCCUGCGACGUGACGUGAGACUCAAGGGGGGGUCUCGGUCGCACGUCGCGUGCAGCGUGAUGCUAGCAGCGGCAGUCGCGGUCCUGGUUGUGACAGCCGGGCCCUGCACGCGUGCGCGGGCAUCUUUGAGCAUUACUCUGCAAUGCUUAAUUAGUACGUAAUCAGCGCUGGUGGCAAGCGGACCCUGUAGGGCUAGUGAAAAGGGCCGAAGCCGCCACCGCGUUGUUUUAGUAGGUGCGGCGUAGUGCCGCGCACGAUGAGUGCCAUUGGAAGAGGAGGCGCAGCAGGAAGAGAAAG